CGGCCGUCGUCGCCGCCGCCGCCGCCGCUGGGGGUGGGCUCCGGAAGAGCCGGCCCAGCAGGGAAAGGAGACGACGAUCCAGAAGCGAAAUCCUGCAGGCGGGGAAGAGACAGAGGCGCAAAGAAAAAGUGACUCGGGCGGUGCACCCCGGAGGCGCUCAGGAGGGGACUGCAGCCGCAGAGGGGCCUCACUGAUCCUCCCCCCACGUCCUCCGAGGGCCAGACCUCGGCCCGCCCCUAAGGGCGCGAGGCGAUGAGAUAAUCCAGCUGAGCUGCGAAAGGAGAGCUUCUGGCGCUGGAUUGAGGGGGAGGGGGUCUCUGGGCGGGGUGGGCCUCGGAAGUGGGGGUGAGGGUCGGCGCUGAUCCGGGGCCAGAGGGGGGCGGAGGCUGCUGGGCAGCCCAGGAGUGGGCUGCAGGGGCCUCGCUCGCGGGGCUCACUCGCGCUGCGGCGGCCCGCGCGCUCCAUUCAGCUCGGAGCUGCCCCGCGCCCCAGCCGCCCGCCCGGCCGGCAGCUCCGGCCCGCGGCGCAGAUGGCUGUGCGCGGCGCCAACACCUUGACGCCCUUCUCCAUCCAGGCGAUCCUCAACAAGAAAGAGGAGCGCGGCGGGCUGCCCGCGACGGAGGGGCGCCCCGUACCCGGCGGUACAGCGGUGGCAGCGGCGCCCGCUGUCUGUUGCUGGCGGCUCUUUGGGGAGACAGACGCGGGCGCGCUGGGGGGCGCCGAGGACUCUCUGCUGGCGUCGCCUCCUGGGACCAGAACGGCUGCGGGGCGGACCACGGAGAGCCCGGGCGGCUGGGAUUCGGACUCGGCGCUGAGCGAGGAGAACGAGGGCGGGCGGCGCUGCGCGGACCCGCCGGGGGCCAGCGGGGCCUGCCGUGCAGGGGCGACCCUGGGCCUCGGCCAGCCGGUCUGUGAGCUGCCUGCAGCCAAGGACCUGGAGGAGGAAGCCGCGGGCCGGAGCGACAGUGAGAUGUCGGCCAGCGUCUCAGGCGACCGCAGCCCGAGGGUCGAGGAAGACGGCGUUGGCACAGGAGGCGCACGCGUGCCCACGUUGUGCAGCGGCAGCGGCGGCGGGCGCGCGGGCGGCGCAGAGGAGGAGGAGGAGCCCGUGGCGCCCAAGCCGCGCAAGAAGCGCUCGCGCGCCGCCUUCUCCCACGCACAGGUCUUUGAGCUGGAGCGCCGCUUCAACCACCAGCGCUACCUGUCCGGGCCCGAGCGCGCAGACCUGGCCGCGUCGCUGAAGCUCACCGAGACGCAGGUGAAGAUCUGGUUCCAGAACCGUCGCUACAAGACCAAGCGCCGACAGAUGGCCGCCGACCUACUGGCCUCGGCGCCCGCCGCCAAGAAGGUGGCAGUGAAGGUGCUGGUGCGCGACGACCAGAGACAGUACCUGCCCGGAGAGGUGCUGCGGCCUCCUUCGCUGCUGCCACUGCAGCCCUCCUACUAUUACCCUUAUUACUGCCUCCCCGGCUGGGCACUCUCCACGUGUGCGGCCGCCGCGGGCACCCAGUGAGCCGGCCUGGGGUGAGGCAGCGAAUGAUCCCCGCGCCCCAGCUCCAGACGGGCGCUGAUGGCUGUGCAGGUUGUGCCCUGUACUGGGGCGCCCCGCGGAGGGGGCAGGUGGAGGAUGAAAUCCAGUCCUGGCUCUGCUCUCCAGGACGUGCGCCCUGGCAGCGGGACUGGGUCUACCCAGAGGGGGGCGCCUUUUUCUAGUUUGAACAGAGGCAUCCUAUGGCCUAGGGACCCUGUUCCUACCCCCCACCCCACUUGCUUGGAAGCCCUUGGACAUUAUUUAUUACCACCAUAAUGUUGGGUUUGGAUUGUGUCUGCCUGGGGAUGGCGUUUCCCAGAGAGGAGAGAACUCCUGGAGACCACACAAGCCUGAAUCCCAGAAUUUCAGGCCUGCCGGGAGCUUCGUGCGCUAGGCCACACUAGUUCAUGGUAUCCAUGCUACCAAUCUAUGUGUAUCUACAUAUCUAUUAUUUUUGGAAUGCAAUUGUUACAAAGGGGUUUAGAGCCCUGGCAGCCCCAAGGAGCCCCAGGCUAGGGGUUCAUUGAACCAUGAAAUGUUUGGUUUGCGGGCCCUCCUCCCCACCCCUCCCCGGUGUCAGAGCUCGGGUGGGGGCGCCUAAUUGGGUGCUGAAUGUAUGGAAGGGAGCCUCUGAGCACAGGGCAGGGCAAGGGCCCCGCAUCUUCCCUCUCGGAGGUCCAGGCUGCGACCAACUGGGGGAGCUCCUGGGAGCCCCCGAACCAGGAGAGAGGAAACCCAGGAGUCCUUCUCAGAACCUUCCUUCCUUCCUUCCUUCCUUCCUUCCUUCCUUCCUUCCUUCCUUUCUUUCUUUUUCUUUCUUUCUUUCUUUCUUUCUUUCUUUCUUUCUUUUUCUCUCUCUCUCUCUUUCUUUCUUUCUUUCUUUCUCUCCUUCUUUCUUUCUUUCGGAGGUUAAAACUUGUAGCACUUUUCAGUUGCUUGUAUUCAAAUGAUGGUUAUUUUUGUAUUCAAUGUGAAUAUCCUUGACCGGCCUUUCCUCGGCGUCCUCUGCAGUUCGGCCGCUGGGCCCAGUCUCUACCGUUUAGCCUCGGCGACUCCUGCGUCCUGACCCAGGAUUCCCCCAUCCCUGUCCCUGCAACCUAAGACAGGUGAUCCUGUCAACCUCGUGUCAACCUCGCCGCUUGUCGCCUCCUUAAGGGCACUGUGCACUCAACUAGAGUAUUAACU